AAUAAAACUUUAGAUGUCAAAACUGCUAUAUAUCUGAAUAAAAACUAUCAUUCCCAGUUCUAUAAGAUUCAUUUAAAGGACUACCACUGCAAUGAAAUGCUGAAAUCAACAGGUGCUCCCCCUCCAUGGUAUAAACACUGACGUAGACUAUUGGAGUAUAAAAGUCCAAGAUAAUUUAGCUCUCGCAUUCUCUGGCACCUGUGAGCGCUCAGGCUCGGACGUCCUGCCCCGAUCAGCGUCAGAACGGUCCAGGGUUGGCGGUUUCGCGCUGGCACAGAGAUGGACUCCGUGUUCAGGAGAGUCCGAAUCGAGAGCCUUCUGCUCAGACAGUGCCUGGCCGAGUGUUUGGGAGUCUACGUCUUGAUCGUGUUUGGCUGUGGGGCCGUCGCCCAGGUGACGACCUCUGAGAACACCAAGGGGCAGUACCUGUCCAUCAACCUAGGCUUUGCCCUAGGCACCACCUUUGGAGUCUACGUCUCUCGAGGCGUGUCAGGAGCUCACCUGAACCCCGCAGUCACCCUCAGCCUGUGCAUGCUGGGAAGGCACCCUUGGAGGACUCUGCCCUUCUAUGUCUUCUUCCAGGUGUUUGGGGCCUUCCUUGCCGCUGCCACCGUCGCCUUGCAGUACUACGAUGCCAUUAUGCACUUCAGCAAUGGGCAGCUGACUGUAACAGGACCGACUGCCACCGCUGGAAUUUUCGCCACUUACCCUGCAGAUUACCUCAGUCUGUGGAGUGGCUUUGUGGACCAGGUGAUUGGGACUGGCAUGCUGCUGGUGUGCAUCCUGGCUGUGGGGGACCGCAGGAACACCCGCAUCCCUCCUGAGCUGGCACCGCUUCUGGUGGGCCUGGUUGUCCUGGUGAUCGGGAUAUCCAUGGGCGUCAACUGUGGCUACGCCCUCAACCCGGCCAGAGACCUGGGGCCCCGGCUGUACAGCUAUAUCGCAGGCUGGGGAGAGCAAGUGUUCUGGGCGGGGGGAGGAUGGUGGUGGGUCCCUCUGGUUGCUCCCUGUGUCGGAGCGCUGGUGGGGUCUGUAGUGUAUGUGCUCCUGAUUGAGGCACAUCACCCAGAGCUGGACCUCCACCUGGAAAAGGCUGACCAGUGCCAAACCGUGGACAACAAACUGGCUCUAGAGCUGGAGGGGGUCGAGCUGGACCUGAAUUCCCCCAAGGGCUGCCCCAACGAAGGGCAGGAGGGCAAGAAGGCUGCAAGUGGGAAGGGUGAGGAGGGGUAGUACGGACGGCUUCGUAAAUAAUUAUCACACAGACGCUUGGCAUGCAGAGCAAGCCACAGUAGCUCAGUUAGUUUGAGUCGUGGGUGUGGUCACCCAUACGCAUUUAUAGUGGGCACAAUUUGUGACAUCACUAGAACCUUUCAUUCUUUUGUUGAGACACUACAGAAUUCCGGGUUCCAUCAUGGGUUCUGAAUGGAAUAGAAUCCGCUGUUUGAUUUUGGUAAUUAGAUGAGAGUUCUGUUAGCCCUCAAACACGUUUUCUUAAAUCCUUAAUUGUGAUCAUGGAGAGCCCAGUGAACAUAAAUAGGUUUUCACAGAAUAAUUAUUUUUAGGAUAUACACAAUAGUGUCAGUUAUAGUAAAGGCUAAAGUAUGCUAUUAGUUAUAGGAUGGUGUAGUAUUGGUAAUAGUGUUAUUUCAUAAUAAAUAAUGAGAAUAUUUUUGUAUUUAGUUUAUUUGUCUGUGAAUGUACCGUACUGAGAAGUGGGCAUAUUUGACUUGCAAAUGAGUUUUAUUUGACAAUGUAUACUUUCAUACUUUUUGCUGUUCCUUUUUCCACAUUGUGAAAUCCUGUACUCAAAGUACCUUUGCCAGUGAUGUUAUAUCAUAUAGUUGCGAUACACAUUUAUUUCUGUAAUAUAUUUUCUUAAAUAAACGUACUAAAUUACA